AUGGGUUAUGCAGGAAGCUUGAACAGAGAGACUGAAGAGUGUGAACUGUGCCCCUCAGGGUCAUUUGCAAGCGCACGCGUCGUCAGUCCCAAACCCCCAUUCGUAACACGUGAUUAUAAACCUUUGAGAUCCGAUCAACCGCUUUUGGCUGACGAACACCAGCGCAAGGCUCUAAUUCCACAUUGGUUGCAUAUGGAGGAGAAAGCUACUUGCAAUUCGUGCCCAGAGAAUACGUACACCGAAGAAACCGGUCGUCUGCUGUGCCUUCCCUGUCCAAUUUGGCACAUGAGACCGAAGACACCUGGUACUAGCAUCCAGCAAUUUACGGGGGCAGACUGGCUCCAACUAGCGUGUCCUCCGGAGGGCCGUAAUCAGUUACGUCUGGUUCAAGUUGCUGAGGGGAUGUUGGGCGAACGAUUUUCACAAUGGGUGAAGGAGUCCAGUCCUCUGUCACGCGUGGCCGCGAUGCUUGUGCUAUUCUUCAUCCCAAUAGCAAUUGCACUAGUGGUGCUCUUUAUAGCAUACAUGCUCAUUGACGUUGGUGCAGUUAUUGUUAGAAUGGCCAAAGAACUGCACCCACUUCAAAUUCAGAUCGCUGAAACAGCCAUCGCAACUGCUUCGUUCAAAGCAGACCAUCAGAAAGCCACGGAAGAAGUGUACGCAAGGAUGAGAGGAGAAUGA